AAAAAAGUACAGCAGAACAAGAAACAAUUAAUAUUUUUAGACAACAAAUUGAAGAUUUGAUUAAAGAAAAUGAUGAAUUAAAAUUAAAAAAUAAAGAAUUAACUGAAACUGGAGAACAAAUUGAGAAUUUAAUUCAAGAAUAUAAUAAAUUAAAAACAAAAAAACUAAAGCU